AUGGCCACUGUCGCAAAACCCACUGUUUACGUCGUCACGGGCGGAAACAGAGGGAUCGGUCUUGGACUCGUCAAGGGGCUCCUUUCUCGUCCAUCAACAACUGUUAUCGCUACCGUGCGAAACAAUGCAUCUGCCACGAGCCUCAAACAAGACAUUUCUGCCACUGUCAAGAUCGGUGACCAAAGCAACCUUGAAAUCGUGGAGCUCGAUCUCACUGCCGCCCCCUCAGCUGGAAAAGUUGAAGAAAUAUUCUCCAGAUUGGGCUACGACCACAUCGAUGUCCUCGUCAAUAAUGCCGGAGUCUCUCCUCCGAUGUUUACUGCCGCGCAAACUCCGGCAGAAGACCUCCGUGUGGCAUUCGAGGUGAAUACAAUUGCACCCCAGCCAAAGGUCAUCAUGAUGUCUUCCUCGGUCGGAUGCAUCACUUUUCAAGAAUUGUCUGGGGGUUCCUAUGGUCCUAGCAAGGCCGCGCUCAAUUGGAUCACUCGUGCCUUGCAUCUACAAAACGAAGAGGCCGGCCUCGUCGCCGUAGCCCUCCAUCCAGGCUGGGUGCAAACUCGCAUGGGUGAGAAGUCGGCGAAGGAUUGGGAAUACCCUCACCCACCGCCUGAGACAGUGGACAAUAGCGUCAAAGGUGUACUUGAGGUGAUCGAUGGCGCUACUAGGGACACGGUUGCUGGCAAAUUUGUUACCUAUCAGGGCCAGGUUCUGCCUUGGUAA